AUGACCUUCACACUCUACCUGAAGUCCUGCCCUCCUUCUGCUAUAAGGAGUUCGAUUCUACAAAAGAAGCCAAACAUCAUAAAUGUGCCCGGCAUGGCUUGGGGGCGCCGACCAGCCAGCGUGGUGAUCCUGCACAGGUCCCUCGCCCCGGCCUUUGAGAAGUUCUGCCAGGCCAACAGUGGCCCUCUGUCCCUGCUGGGCCGUAGCAAGCCCAGCAAGUGGACAUCGCCCACCUUGGGUGCUGUCCCAGACACCAGGAUGGGACCCUCCCAGUUCUACAAGUACGAGUUCGGUGCCUGCACGGGUGGCCUGACCUCACUGGAGGAGUACUCAGAGCAGCUCAAGGACGUGGUGACCUUCCACCUGGGCUGCAGCUUCUCCCUGGAAGGGGCCUUGGAGAAGGUGGGGUUCCCCAGAAGAAACCCAGAAGGCCACGGCCACGUGUGUGCAUACAAGAUGACAGUGCCUUGUGCCACCAUGGAUGGCUUUUGCUGCCCCCUGGUGGUCACCAUGAUGCCUAGCCCCAAGGACAAGCUGGAAAGGCUGGUGCAAACCAGUUGCUCCACGUACGAGCAAGGAUAACCCAUUCAUAUCGGCAACCCAGCUCCUGAACUUGACCUGAGAGUGAAUGAGCAGAUCCACGGCUGGGAGCUGCCCAGGCCCGUGGAGGCUCUGAGGGCCCGUCAGCGCAUGCCACCUUCCUCACAGAACGAUGAUCUCAGGACCGCGCAAAACAAAGCGCCUGCUGACCGUCUUCUCGUGAGUGACACCGUCUUCGCUAUCCUCUAUCAGCUAGCGCAAUCCUGGGACGAGAGUUCCUCCCGGAAAAAGAACCAUCGACCACCCCACGUGUUCAGCGUGGACGGCGGCCCCAGGGCAGGGCCCGGUGGGAUUCGUUUUCUCAUUCCAUCCGUGGAGCUGUUGGGGAUCAAAGAUCUUUCCAAAGCUGACUGUGGGGAUCCUGUGGCGUGUCAGCCAAGAGACGUCCCGGUGUUCUGGCCUUCUCAGCUGACCAGUCUCGAAGCCGUCAGCGCCUGCAAGACACCACUGGCUUUCACCAGCGCACCAGGUUGCCCAGUCAUGGCCGACCUGAAGGAUAUGGAGGCUCCAGCCGGUGGUCUCGCCCCCAAAGGAAUUCCAGAAGUCUAUCCCAUUUCCCAAGAUCCUUUGCACUACAGCAUCAUAUCAGCCUCAGCCACUCAGAAGAUCAGAGAGCUGGAGUCUAUAAUUGCUGUAGACCCAGGCAACAGGGGGAUCGGGCACCUGCUCCGUGAAGACGAGCUGCUGAGGGCCGCUCUGUCGCUGUCCCAUGACCGCUUGGUCCUCGUCACCACCGGGUUUCCCACACAUUUCAGACACGAGCCUCCGGGAGCCGUGGCCCUGGCCGCCUUCCUGCAGGCCUUGGAGAAGGGCGUCUCCAUGAUGGUCGACCAGAGAGCCUUGAGUUUGUUCGAGAAGCUUCUCAAAGAAGCCGUUGAGCAAGGUGUUCUGAAGACACGGAUCCCAGUUUUGACUUACCAAGGUGCAUCAGCGAGAGCUGCUCAGGCGUUUCUCUGCAAAGAGAGGGACCCCAAGUCUCCUAGAUUCGACCAUCUGGUGGCCAUAGAGCGCGCAGGAAGGGCUGCCGAUGGCAAUUACUACAAUGUGAGGAAAGCGAACAUCAAACACUUGGUCAACUCCACUGACGAUCUCUUCCUCACAGCACAGAAGAUUCCUGGAAUCUCAUCAAUGGGGCUCGGGGAUGAAGGCAAUGAGCUUGGGAUGGGCAAAGUCAAAGAGGCUGUGAAGAGCCACAUACGAAAUGGUGACGCCAUCGCCUGUGACGUGGAGGCUGACUUUGCUGUCAUUGCUGGUGUUUCUAACUGGGGAGGCAAUGCCUUGGCCUGUGCUCUGUACAUCCUGAACUCAUGUGAGGUCCAUGGACGUUACUUGAGGAAGGCAGUCGAGCCCUCCAGAGCACCUGAGGACCAGAGCUGGACUCAGGCACUCCCAUCUGUCACUAAGGAAGAGAAAACAUUGGGCAUCCUGGUACGCAGUGGCGUCUCAGGCAACGUGGCCAUGGAGGUGGAUGGGCUGCCCUUCCACCGUACCCACACCCAGGUGACCCAGAAGCUGUUGGAUGUCACCAAGGUGCCCGUGUGA